UAUGUCAGAAAUUGUAUCGUUUACGGCCGAAAACUUGUCAUUAAAUAAGCCUAUAGCUUUGGCCACCGAUAAUCUAUCUAAUGUAGAAGAGAUGGGAAAUCAAAGUGUAAAGAAGAAAAAAUUCGGUUUGGUCAAAAAGAGGAAGAAAAAAUGCGAUGACGUUGUUGAUAGUGAUGAAACUAAAUCUCCUAAAACUGUCGAAGAAGUUGGUGAAAGUUCUACGACUAAAAUUGAAGAGAUUUCGGAACCGGAAACUAAAUUGACAACUGAGUUAGCAGUUAAUUCGGAGGAGCAGUCUUCUCAAAGUAAACUGCCAAAUUCUCCAAGGAAGCCCUUGUCUUCGUUUGGAAAGAGAAUAUCUACUACGUUUGCUAAUCUAAAUCUUGAGAAAUCUGGGACGUGA